ACGGGUUGCAAUUUGGUGGUAGAACACGAUCAGAAAUCACUACUUCAUCUUCUUCUCUUUCGAGGAACCCUAAUUCGAGAUUUGGGCGAAUAUGAAUUGCGAAGCUUGUCAGCUAAAGGAACUGGAAGUGGAAUCCUUCGAGAUACGCGAGGUUCUACGCUGCAUUCUGCAUACUAUAGUCUUUCAUCGAGCACUUGGUCUUAUCCGCCCUAAAGAUGUCGAUUUGGAGCUUUUCGAGAUCACUUACGUACAAUGCGGAGAAAUAGAAGUGGAGAAGAAAAUUGAUGAAAAGAUUGAGCAGCUCAUUACCUGGAUUGACAAGCACCCCAACAAGAAAUGUCAGAUAUGUCUAUCGUUUUAUGAAGUCAAGACCAAACAGCCAUCCUGGUUCACUAAUAAAAUUGAACGCUCCUACUGGGAACAAUGGCAUAUCAGUCUGAAUGUGCUUCUCCCUACUAAACCCCCUAUCGGAAAGUCUCACCACUCUAAACUAGUUGUGGACCCUGGAGAGGAGUCUGAGGAGAGAAGUUCACGUAGGACACUGCUUGAGCAAUCCCUUCAAGAAGUCUUGUUCCAAAUCAUUAAAUUCGUUAAUGAGAAAAAGGAUCACGUUCCUCCUAUCAACGAUGGUGUUAUCUACUGCCCCUUUGAGAUCACUUUCCCUAGUGCAUCGGACUCAACCUUUGGGAUGGAUAUGCUCAAAAGGAUGCUCCACAGUGGUAGUCAUCCAUCCAUGCUCAGUUAAUUUCACAUUAUCCACUUCAACUUUCAUUAUUAGUACACUUUGAUGUUAAUGCUUGCAGCCUAACUCUUGUGUGUUUCCUACAUCCAUUUCGUGUGUAAAUAUAUGUAACAAAGUUCAUUUACUUUUAAUACAGAUUAAGC